AUGUUAAGCAAAUGACGAAAAUUGAAUUUCUUCAGAUGAGUUAUGCUCUUAUUAUUUGCGUGGAAAAUGUAGUUGGGGCUCCAACUGUCAGAAUGUACAUUGUGAUCUGCCGUAUCAGUGGAGAUGGAGAAAAAGAGGGUCAGGGGACUGGACAGUGUUUAGUGAGGAUGAAAAUAACGAGAUAGAACGGUCGUUUGGUGACCCAACCAAUGAAAACCACAUCGUUUUUUACCAUGAAAUGACCAUAGAUUUUAACAGCAUGAGUGGCCAAGGUAAUGAAGACAGCCAGUUUGAAAUAGAAAGACUGUCAACCCCGUCAUCAGUAAAUCAUGGCAACCAAACAUGGAGAACAAAAUGGUUGUGGUAUUGGAAAAACCCUAAAGAGGAGUGGAUAAAGUUUGGAGAUUUGGAUAACUAUGAAGGGUGUAAGGCUGGAAUUAAAAGCGCUGAAUUGGAAGAAGCUUUUGUUGCCGACCCAACUGGCGAAACAAACUUUAAGACAACAGGGACACAUUCAUUUGACUACAUCGUCAAUUUUCACGAUAUGAUACAGCGAAAUUCUAAAUAUGGUACCACAAGGGAAUUAUGCAGACGGCCAGAAUUCACCAACAAGCUUGAUUUUGAAUUGAACCGUCUGAGAAUAUUACCAAAUGCAGACAAUGCAAUGAGUAAUGGAAUUCAGGCACCGGCAAAUUGGAGCAUACCAAAGUGGAAAGAUCUUUCGGAACAUAUUGUGAUUGUAACGGGAAGUAUUUUUCUGGGGGUUUCACAUUUUAAAGUUCUAGUUACAAGUCAUUUAGUGAUAACAACAGUAUAGGAGUACCAGUAUUUUAUAAUUUAUUGUAAGUCUACGUGCAACUUAUGCUUAUCCCUUGAUGAUUGGGAGGGUGAAGUAUUUCAAUUGCUGUUAAAAACUUAUGCUGAAAGCUGUCAUGCAUAUUGUGACAUUUUGUAUGCCUUAUCAGAAGUAUCAUUGUUUAUUCAUUGGAAUCAACUUGGUAAAGACACGAACUCGUCCAUUCAUGUCUCGAUUAGCACCUUAGAUACGAUGUACAAAAUCAAAUAUUAUCUUAAAUCAUAUGACAUAUAGUUA